CGUACUCUGGAUGUUCUCUGGUGAAGCGUGCAUGGCGCCGGCGGCAGCGGUUAUGCGGCAGUACAGCGAGGGACCCCGCUUCCUGGCGUGCGGUCCCCGCGUUCUGUCAGGACUCGGCAUACGCAUCUAGCCUGCUGGGAGACGGGCUCAAAAUUUCUGGUGAUGCUGCAGGUGACCCCUCGAAUCAGCUUCCCAAUGAAUGACGCACCACGCCGGAGCAAAAUCAUCAUUGCAUCAGCUGGCAUUGGCAUCAUUCUGCUUGGGGUGCUCACCAGAUACAUUAGGAGAUGCUUUGGUGACUUCAAAGUGGCUGUUGCGAAUGGAGACGUGGGAAACGUGGUAUGGUGCGGUCGGUGUCGGUGUGGGCGCCGAAUCAGUGGCCCCCGUGGGUCUCUGCGGGCUCUUCAAGGCCCCGUGGACCGUGCAUCGAUGGGACAGAUGGGCCCCCGGCAGCUGGCCAACUUGGGUCUGGACUCCCUGGACCAAGUGAUCAAUUACUGGGAGCAGGCCCUGCAUCGGAUCAGAACAGGUGGCCCUGCAUCUGGCAGUGAGAACCUGGCUGCCAGCCUGGAAACCUUGCUGGUGGAAGGCCAGCGGUUGCGGGGUGCUGCCCACUGGCGACUGCUCGCCGAGGGAGCCCCUCCCCUGGUGGGGGAAGAGCCACAGCUGGCCGAGGUGACUUAUGGGGGGACCCCCUCUCUGGCUGACACCGAGAGCUUUGUCUCUGCUGAGGGAACGCCCGAUGUGGCAGUAUUGGCUGACCUGGAGGCCAGCCUCAUUCCGCCAGCGGAGCAGUCUGCCCUGUACAUGGAAGCAUUGGAGCUGCUGGAGAAAGAAGGCAUCCCUUGUCGAACAUACAGGGUGGAAGUGGUUCGGUGCAAUUCACGGGAAGACUACCUGGCCAAGAUUCACUGCAUACGCCUUGCAUUCAAGCGCCUUACCAAUCAGCCAGAUGUUCUCCAGUGGCUCAUAGAAGCAGCCAAUCACGUUCUCGGUGGCUUCAUGCUGUGUGCUGGAAAAGACCCGAAGGAUGCCCUGCACGCCUACCGUGAGCUGGUUGCCUACCUGCUGGACAGCAGCCACUACGACCAAAUUACAAAGGAACUGCGCUACAAAGGGGUGGUGUGCCCGACAGUGUAUGAUGUGGUGAUUGACUAUGUCCUUCUGGACGCCUUUGAUGACCUGAGCAGCCCGCCGCAGUCAGUUGUGGCUGUUAUCCAGAACCGGUGGCUGACCGCAGGGUUCAAGGAAACAGCGCUGUCUGCAGCAAUUUGGUCUCUCUUCAAGGCCAAGAAGGGGCUGCUUCCCUUCUCCCACGGCUUUUUCUCCCACUACUACGCCUUGAUGGAACAGAUUGUGCCUGUGCUUGCCUGGGGCUUUAUGGGCACGGACAGUGACCUCAAGGAUAUGUGCAAGUUUUUCAAGGAUGAAGUGGAAGCGCUUGUGUGCGACAUGUUUGACCCGAGCCGCAGCCGUUAUUCGAGCGUGGAUGACCUAGCACAGGACAUUCUGCAGAACAGCCAGCUGCAUUACGACCGUCUCUGCCAAGCAUUGGCUGGAGCCCUCUUGCCCGACUCGGUGCCGCCUUGAUGACUGGCGCCUCUUAGCAUGGCAUUGAGUGUUCUCCAUUAUCUGGCAGCCUUGCACCAGCUUCUUCCAGCCCAUCCAAGGGUCGCUAUGAACACCGCGACCAUUCCUGCUUAACGCAACAGUGAUAGACAAAUGUGUAGAUGCCUUCGGGCAAGUUUCGUUGACCACCUGUGAUCAUUGAGCAUAGGAUAAUAA